UUUAUAUAAUGCGUGAAAAGAAGGCAUUUCAUGAUAACUUAAAAUCAGAAGAGUUCCCAUUCAUCAAUAAAGGCGAUAAAAGGGAGAAAACCAUAAAAUAGCAGUUGCAAAUUUUUGUUUGCACAGUAUAUAGCAGCCAAAGCUAAAAGAUGGAGACUUUGGUGCGUGAGAGAGAGAGAGAGAGAGAGAGGAAACACGUGCUCGUCUAAACAACGCACUUGGCCUCGAAGGAUUGUUCACAAAUGUAAGAGCUAGGGAGUUCGAUCGAGAUCAAUUAAUGCCCCCGAAUUUCGUUCUCAAAAGCACUUCUUUCCCAGCCCCUUCAAGAAAGGUGCCUUCUGAAGGAAGAGUGAAUAAACCCAGAAUUUGGAAUUCACGGAGCAAAAGUUGGAGAGAUGAAAGAAAACAAAGUUCGAAAGAAUCAGAUGCACAAAAAUAGCUUCAGAAAAUUAUACACAUGGUUAACGUAUCAAUAAGAGAACAAGAAAAGCUUAUUGAGGUUGGUACAUAUAAUGCGUUUAGAGCAUAAAAUGGACUGAGCAGUGAGCACAAUCGGAACUCGUGGGUUUUUCUGUUGCGACUUCAAAACGCUCCCUCUUGAUAAUAGGAGCUUCCCGCUCCCAACAAGUUGAGAGUUGCUUGCUCGAUUGCUCGCUCGCUCGCUUUUAAGCUCAGUUGACAAAAGCAGAGGUUCGGUUCUCCAAUGCUCCAGUCCCCUUUGCACCAAUUUAGACCAGUUUUAAGAGGGAUGAAGGACACUUGCUAAAAAAUUAGAUCCAAAGGUAAACAGAUUGCAAGGGUCGGAGAGAAUUUGGAGUUCCCAAGACGGAUAAACAUAGUGAAUGAAUUUGGAGUACCCAAGACCCAGAAGGAAAACGGGGUUUUGCUCAGGCUGCAUCCUUUUACAAAAUGUACAAUUCCUCGUAUUUGGCCUAUAUUUCCCCGUAUAUCUCCUAAAAAUGAAAAUACAGCGUACAAACAAAAAAAUAGUAAGGGAAUGAGAGCUCUUCAUCCGGCCCCUAAUUCCUAUUCCAAGACCACACCGACUCCCAAACUCUCAAAUCCAUGACUGAGUGUCGCACGAAAUUGAAGUAUUGAACAGCAGCGGGAGUACCAUCUUGCAGAGGUCGACAAGGCGGGAGAGCGCUUUGCGGAGAUCGGUGGCAACCAAAGAGACUACGAUCUCUCCAAGACCUCGGCAUGUGGGAAACGGAGGCAGUGACCUCGGCGUUCCAGAAGCGGUGACGAAGGCCUGGCCUGGCCUGGGAAGAGAGACAAGGAAGAAGAGGCGUGGGAGGAAGGAGAGACAAAAUAAACUAAGAAUUUUAGAGAUGAAUGACGUGUCAGAAUAUUGACCUUUGGAUUUUAAAUUUGUACAUGUUUCUACCCUGUAAAAACCGGAGCAAGGGGACACUGGAAAGCCAAAACCCCAAAAAAACAGGCCUCAUCCACUAACACUCUUAAACCCGUGGCUAACACUACCUCGAACACAAACUCGAACACCCAGUAUUCGGAACUUCUCAACUGGAACUGGGACCUGUUUUGAAGCUCUUUUCUAUGGCGGCAUCUCUGUCUUUCACUCGGUUUCUUUUAUUCCCCAGGUGCCAUUCGAAUUGGCCGUGUUAUCCUUCACUUAACUUUAUGCAGCUUCAGGAUAUUAGAUUACACAGUAAAUCGGGCAUUGCAGCUGCUUCCAGGAAGAAAGCUGCUGAUAGUUUUGGCGAAGAACCGGCUGAUGAAAAUGGGGCUGUUGUAAAGAAGAAGACAACUAGGAAACGAGCUGGUAGGCCAGCUAGAAAGAAAUCUGUGUCUGAUAUUACGGAGGAGAAGCCUGAAUUGGUGGUAGCUAGUGAUGCCACGAGUGAUGAAAGCAUCAUUUCUGCACUAAGUGAUGAUUCCAAGAAAACACGGCGAAGAACUCGAAAGAAAGCUGUGUCUGCUUCUACUAGCUUGGAGGAAGAGAAAACUGAGAAGAAGGUGAGGAGGAGGACCAAGAAGAAAGAUGAUAGAGAUGUGGAAGAUCCGGGCAGUGAAGCAGAAGUUACUGAUCAUGAGGACAUUGAGGAGUCUCCAUUUAUUGCAAAUAUGGAGGUUGAGAUUGAGGAGGACCUGGAGUUGGGAAUGAUGGAGGGAGAGGAUAUUAGCUACACAUAUGGUUGGCCCCCUCUUGUUUGUUGCUUCGGAGCUGCACAGCAUGCUUUUGUGCCCUCAGGAAGGCCUGCCAACAGACUUAUAGACUACGAAAUCCAUGAAUCAAUGAAGGAUACACUAUGGGCACCUGAAAAAUAUAUUAGGGCUCCUGGGGGAUCUGCAGGCAGUGUUGCAAUUGCUCUUGCAAGCUUGGGUGGUAAGGUCGCUUUCAUGGGAAAGCUGGGAGAUGAUGACUAUGGUAAGGCCAUGCUAUAUUAUAUGAAUGUGAACAAUGUUCAAACCCGUUCAGUUCGCAUUGAUAGUAAAAGAGCGACAGCGAUAUCACAGAUGAAGAUUGGCAAGAGGGGUAACUUGAGAAUGAUUUGUGCCAAACCCUGUGCAGAGGAUUCCUUAUCAAAGUCUGAGAUCAAUAUUGAUGUCCUAAAUGAGGCAAAGAUGUUCUACUUCAGCACGCAUUCCCUGCUUGAUCGAAAUAUGAGAUCGACUACACUGCAGGCUAUCAAGAUCUCAAAGAAACUGGGAGGAGUCCUUUUCUAUGAUGUGAACCUUCCGUUGCCACUAUGGAAAUCUGUCGAAGAGACCAAGAUGUUUAUUCAACAGGUGUGGAAUCUAGCAGAUAUUAUUGAGGUUACUAAGCAAGAGCUUGAGUUCCUAUGUGGGAUCAAGCCAUCGGAGGAAUUUGACACUAAAAAUAAUGCGAGCUCAAAAUUUGUCCAUUAUAAUCCGGAAGUGGUUACACCUCUUUGGCAUGAAAAUCUUAAGGUUUUGUUUGUCACAAAUGGGACUUCUAAGGUACAUUAUUACACUAAGGAACACAAUGGCGCUGUUAGUGGGAUGGAGGAUGUCCCGAUUACCCCUUUCACUUGCGAUAUGUCAGCAUCAGGGGAUGGCAUUGUUGCAGCUCUCAUGAGAAUGUUGACGGUUCAGCCUGAUCUAAUAACUGACAAAGGAUACAUAGAGCACACAAUCAAGUAUGCAAUUGAAUGUGGGGUCAUAGACCAAUGGCUGCUGGGGCAAGUGCGCGGCUUCCCACCUAAAGAAGAUAUGGAAGAAGAAGUGGUCCCUGAUCCAAAUGGCAUUAGGUCGAUAACGGAAAUGGAAUACCGAACGCUAAUGCCUGUAAGUUGAUUAAGGUGAUUGCACUGAUUAAUAUAAUUCACUGUUGCACGGCAUAGAUGGAUGAAGAAAAAAAUUCUUCCCCUAUAAGGGGCUCUGCUUGAUUAUUUCCUUCCUAAACUGGUGGGGGGAUUCUGGACGUUGCUGAUAACACCAAUUUUGUAUUGUACGGAUCUCAUUUAUGAUCAAAGCCGGAAAGUUGGAAUUCACAGGUCGGUCCCUUUAGUGGCAAAGAUCCUGUGUCUGAGUCCCGACUCCCCCCCAUCCCCUGUUCUUGCAUUAUGCACCUUUGAGAGAACCAUAUCUUUCUGGGUCAACGGUAAACCAAAAGAUGCUUUCUUUUGUUUUUGA